AGGAAAAAAUAGGAAGGAAACAUAAUUAAAUGACUGGGCCUGUACCUGGAAUGUCCAGCAGGGGCCGCUCCACAGCAACUGCAGUGGAGAAAACAGUACAUGAAGAAGUGGCAAUUCACUGGGUUAGCCGCUACCCACAUGGAAAACGGGAAGCAAUGCUCCUGCACCUGGAAUCUCCAGCAGGAGUUGCUUCACUACAGCUGUAGGACAGAAAAACAGAAGGAGCGUGACUCAUUUGGAGGGGGAAAAUCAAGGCUCCUGCAACUGUAAUCUCCAGCAGGAGCCGUUCUACUACAACUGUAGGACAGAAAAACAGAAGGAGCGUGACUCAUUUGGAAGGGGAAAAUCAAGGCUCCUGCAGCUGUAAUCUCCAGCAGGAGCCGUUCUACUACAACUGUAGGUGCGGCACCUUGUUUACCGCUUGGAUUUUGCAGUGCAGGAGCACUGUGGUUUUUGGUCCAGAUACGUAUUGUAUUUUGUUCCUGGGGUUUUGAAAAAUUUACAUUGUUCCCGCGGUUGGGAAAAUUGACCAGCAAUCUUCUCGACUGAGAUGGCUUCUUCUGCUGCUUCUUCUUCUGCUGCUUCUUGCUUCUGCUGAUAGGAACUUUCUCCUGUGUCCUAUUUGCAAGAAGACUCAUUGGAGCCUUCCAGUUCACCUCAGACGAUCCUGCACGAGGACCUCGUCAAAAGCUGACAUUCUGGCUGUGGUGGAAUCUGCCAAGAGAGCUGUCAGCAAUCUGAUGCGCACUGGUCGUGUCUGGGAGUACUCUCUCCUCAGAAGGAUCAUGCAGAGCCCUGAUACUAUUGGCAGGAUGAUCGAGGAGCUGGAGAGCAGAGGAAACGCUGUGGUUGGCAUCCCAACUGAAGCCCCGACUGCUGCUGUUCCAGCUGUUCCUGAUGUUCCUGUCGAGGCUCCGGCUGAGUCCAGCUCAGAAAGCUCUGGGGAACUCUAUCAGUGCCCUGAUACAACCAAGCAGGGAACUUCCCUUAGGGAGAGGAUGGCAAGUUUGGGCUACUACAAGAAGCACUCGCUAGACCAUGAUCUCCUUGUCAGCUUCGCAAAGUUUCUACAGUUUGACAUGUCGAACGAAAACUUCAAACAGGAGGUGGAGAAUGUUGCAAGGUUCCUGUACUUCAUGGACCCUCAGCAGGCCAGUCUCCUGUUUGUGCGACAGCAUGAGAAGUCCCGAGAGUAUUUCCUCAAGCUCUCAGAGGCCGGACUCAGCAAGCAGACGGUACAGAAUUACAUCAAGAGUGUUAAAAGGUUCUUGAAGUUCCACACGGGCAGCACUGACCUGUGCUUCACGGACAGAGUUCUGCACGAGGACUGCAAGAACUACAUCUCAUUCCUGGACAACAUCCAGAUGGCAACUUCAAAACAAGUCAGCAAGGAGACGACCAGGAAGAGAUUCAAUACCUUCCAGGAGGGUGUUCUCUCUUCAACGCAGGUCACUGCAGUGCGGGCCGCUGCCAAGAAAGACUUCCUGGCUGUCAUUGGGAAGCUGCAUGCGGGAGAGUGCUCUCCAGGCCAUCAGCUGACCCUGACAGAGUUGCAGCUGGUCCUCUAUUACCUAGAGGCCAUUGUGAUUCUGGAGCAUGCCCAGCGGCCUGGAGUUGUUGAGCACAUGACUAAGUCACGGAAUGGAUCAGCCGAAGGAGAGAUGACACUCGUCCUGGUUUCGUUGUGGUGGCAGUAAAGGAGCAUAAGACUGCUGCCACUCAGGUGGCCACCUUUGUUCUUACCCAGGAACAGGAGAUGUGGUUCGAUCUCUACUUCUGCAAACCUUCCAGAUGCUGCAUCCAUCGUUCAGCAGUGGAAGCCAUCUGGGGGCAUCGAUGUUGCAAUGGACAGUGUUGUGCUGCAGAAGUUUUGCAGGACGCAGAGGUGGAAGAGACUUGCGGUGGCAGAUAUAGAGGGGAAGGGCAGGGGAGUGUUAGUGACAAGGCCUUUUGCCUUGGGGGAAGUUGUGUGCGACUACCACGGUAAAGUGGUGUCGAGGCAGGAGGGCUUAGCGACCCAUACAGCGACAGCAGAGAAAGAGAGUGGGUACAUGUUUUUUUAUAAUUCUGGACAGGUAGCCCGGUGUAUUGACGCUCAUGAGGAAGAGUGUCCGUGCCAUCCAGGAAUGUGCACAUUUGGCCGUUUAAUUAAUCAUUCCUCAAAGAAGGCAAAUUUACGACCACGGUUGUAUAGUGUAGAUGGCAAAGAUGUAAUCCUCUUCAUUGCCAUACGCAAUAUUAAAGUCCAAGAGGAGCUCCUGUUUGAUUACGGCGUCAACAGGAAGUCUUUUGCUGGGGAGGGGUUAGAUUUAGUUGUUUGGCUGUAGUCCCUGCAGCAAAAAUCUGAGUUUAAUUGAAAAUGUAAAUAAAUAUGUAGAUAGAAAUGUAAAUAUUAGGGUUAGUUAGGAUAAGAGAUAGGAUUAGGGUUAGGCUAAGUUAUAUAUGUAAUAUGUGUAAUAUAUUUUCACAAAGCUUUAUCUGUAUGUACUUCUUCUGUAUGUACUUGCAAAACUUCUGCAAACUUCAAUAAACUGAUUGUUUCCUGAUA